UUCACGUUAGCUUUUUGCCCUCUGAGAUCGUAGAUAUCGCUCACCGUUCAACCAAAUUCCUCCCAUUUCCACCGUUUUCUUCCAGUUUUGGCUCCGAGGCAAAGGGAGAGGGGGAGAAUUGAGAGGAAUUUUUGCUGAUCCUUUCGGCUGGAAUCGAUCCGCCAAGGGGGAAAGUGAGGGAUUUUGGCUUUUCGGCUUUAGAUCGUUGGGCGGGUUUUUGCUCGGCUGAUUUUCCGCGGCAAUGUGAAUAUUUUCCUGAGGUUGGCUUCUCAGCGUAGUCGAAUUCUGGCAUCUUGGAACUUGGGGAAUCCACUGCUUGUGUUUGUUUUCGAAGUGAAUGCUUGCUUUGCGUAAUAUGUGGUUCUGGAGUUGAUCUGCCGUCGGUGAAUGGAGAAAGUUGGAAACUUUUUGUGUUGAUUUUGAGGGUUUGAAGUAUUUGAAUCUUUUAUCAAGGUGGAUCCCUCCUCUUGAAGCUGCAAUAGUUUAGGGAGUGAGUGUUUAUCUUGGAUAUUUUCUGCUCUUUCUUGGACGUUCUUGAUCCUGCUGUUGUCAUGGAUCAUACCAUCGGUGGAAAGUUUAAGCUUGGAAGAAAGAUUGGAAGCGGAUCUUUUGGAGAACUGUAUCUUGGUGUCAACAUCCAGAGUGGGGAAGAGGUAGCCAUCAAGCUGGAAUCUGUAAAAACCAAGCAUCCUCAGCUUCAUUAUGAAUCAAAACUUUACAUGGUUCUCCAGGGUGGAACUGGAAUUCCUCACUUGAAGUGGUUUGGUGUGGAGGGUGAGUACAAUGUGAUGGUCAUUGACCUUCUUGGGCCUAGUCUUGAAGAUUUGUUUAACUAUUGCAAUCGGAGGCUCUCCUUGAAAACAGUACUCAUGCUUGCUGAUCAGAUGGUUAACCGUGUGGAAUAUAUGCACUCAAGAGGCUUUCUUCAUCGUGACAUUAAGCCAGACAACUUCCUAAUGGGCUUGGGAAGAAGAGCCAAUCAAGUUUAUAUUAUUGAUUAUGGUCUUGCAAAGAAAUAUAGAGAUCUGCAGACUCAUAAGCAUAUUCCGUACAGAGAGAACAAAAAUCUGACUGGAACAGCUCGGUACGCAAGCGUUAACACUCAUCUUGGAGUUGAGCAAAGCAGGAGGGAUGAUUUGGAAUCUCUUGGUUAUGUACUCAUGUACUUUUUAAGAGGAAGCCUUCCUUGGCAGGGAUUGAAAGCUGGUACUAAAAAGCAGAAGUAUGAUAAAAUUAGUGAAAAGAAAAUGCUUACUCCUGUGGAGGUAUUGUGCAAGUCACAUCCUCCUGAAUUUUUAUCUUAUUUUCACUAUUGCCGUUCGUUGAGAUUUGAAGAUAAACCAGAUUACUCAUACUUGAAGAGGCUUUUCCGUGAUCUUUUUAUUAGAGAAGGUUAUCAGUUUGAUUAUGUUUUUGACUGGACUGUAUUGAAGUAUCCUCAAAUCGGUGCUAAUGUCAGGGCAAAGCCUGGGGGAAGAGCAGGUGGAGCUAUUGGACCUUCAGUGGAAAGAGCCGAAAGGACUUCAGUGGGACAGGAGAUUCGUGAUAGAUUCUCUGGUGCAGUUGAAGCAUUGACUCGGAGGGGUGGUUCUGGUGCUGGUCAUCAUGGAGACCAUUCCAAGCACAAAACCUUAGAGGAUACGUCAUCCAAGGAGGUUGUGGAUUCCGAUAAAGCUAGAGCACCCUCUUCUCGACAUGGUAGCACCUCCAAGAGGGCUGUAAUCUCAAGCAGUCGGCAAAGCUCUGCUGAGCCCAGUGAGCAGCUCACAAGUCGUGCAAGCAGAAUGGUCUCUAGCAGCAGCAGCAGCCGGCCCGCCGUAGCACCGAGGAUUGCUCAGCCUGGUGCAGCUGCGGCGUCUACCUCGCUCUCUCGAACUGCAUUUACAAGAAGUUCCCGUGCUGAAAAUCCUGUCAGAAACUUUGAGCUCCUCUCUGUUAGUGCAGAUAAGAGGAAGUAACUGAUUCAAGGUUUUUCCUCUGGGAAACCAUUUUUUUCUUGCUGAUCAAAUGGAUUUCAUCAGCCUGCUCCCAGCACAACUAGAACUGUAUGGAUUUCACCUCACUUAGGCUUCGUUUGGGACGGCUUUCUUGUUGCUUUCUAAACCAACUUUUUAAUAUAAAAAUUUUAAUUUUUAUACUAGAAAGCUGCUUUAAGAAGCAACAAGAAAGUCUUCCCAAACGAAACCUUAAUCGUGUUUGCCUUUGACGAACUGAAGGCUUUGAUUCCUGGAAGUGCGGGUUCAAAAGCAAUUCAAUAUUUUUCCCUUUACCAACUUUCACAUUGAUAAACAUAAGGAAGAUGGAAAGAAGGGGCUAUUCUUGUUUAGUUAUGUGGUGAUGAUCCUGUUGUGCCAGAGCUCCAAAUAAGGAGAGGGCGUCUGGUCAUCUCGGAUAGACAAUUGUAUGUGAGAAAUGUCCAUUACAUAUAGAACCUUCUAAAUUCACUUCCUAUUUCAGACUUGUUAUCA